AUGCAGGAGCAAAUCUACACCGGCGACGCCUUCAGCGAACCGGAAACCGAGGAGGACGACGAAGAAGAUGACAAAGAACAUCAAGGACCCGACCCGGCCCCGAUGAAAAGAUCCAAAAGCAAAGCCCUGCUGGAGUUCCGGUUCCGUGUCAAGGAAGCCAUCGUCGCCGGCAACCUGUUUGUGAAAAGUCCCCAAAGAAAUCUCCCCAGAGAAAACGCCAGCCUCUGGGGCGUCCCGCUCUUCCCCAGCGCCGGCCACCACGCCACCGACGUUAUCCUCAUGAAAUUCCUCAAAGCCAAUCGAUACAAGGUGCACGAAGCCUUCAUGUCCCUCCGCAAGGCCUUGAAAUGGCGGGUCGAGUUCUGGCCCGACGAGAAGUCUGGAGAGGAUCCCAUGACAAGGCCGGAGUUGAGCAGCCUGUGGUUCACCAGCGGCAGGGACAAGGAGGGCCGGCCUCUGUGCUACAGUAUUUGGGGCAAAGAGUCUCAAAAUGCAAUCUUGGCCUGGAUUGGCGGCGGGGAUAUGAAAUACAGCCAGCAGUGUCUGAUGUGGAGGGUGCUGUGCGUGGAGAGGGGGAUAAGGAGCCUCGAUUUCGGUCCUGGGGAGGCAAACUCAAUCGUGCAGAUCAUUGAUCUGGAGAAUUCAAUGGGGCCAGCGAAGAAGGAGGUCAAGAUGAUCGACAAGAAGAUGAUUGGUCUGCUCCACAAUUGUUAUCCGGGCAUCGUAUACAAGAAUUUAAUCAUCAAUGUGCCAUCAUGGUUUAUGACUCUCAACGCUAUAAACCUACGGCUCAUCACACAAAAGAGCAGGAACAAGUUCAUUUUUGUGAAGCCAUCGAAAGUCACUGAGACCCUUCUCAAGUAUGCCACCCCAGAAAACAUAUUAGUCCGAUAUGGAGGUCUGAGAAGAGAGAAUGACGCUGAAUUCUCAAGUGAUGACAAAGUUCUUGAAGUGAAUAUAAGAGGAAGUUGGACUGAAUACAUUCAGAUUCCUGCUGGGGUUACUGUAACUUGGGAUGUAACCGUGGUUGGAUAUGAUGUGUUGUACAAAGAAGAAUUCAUACCAGAUGACGACUGCUCGUACAGAAUCUUGUUACAGGAAAAGAAAAUGGGAGAGAGUAUAAGAAAUUCAUUUCAUGUGAGGGAACCCGGGAAAAUCCUCAUGACCAUAAUCAACAGCACAUACACAAAGAAGAAGGCUUUCUAUAGGAGUCGUUCGAGCAACAGUAGGGCUCGUGCCAAAUUCGCAACAUCGAUGGUUCGCAACAUCGAUGCUUGUGAGCCGUCUCAUCGCAUCCAAGCCGAAGGUGGCUUCACUGAGUUUUGGAACCACGACGAAGACCAAUUCCGGUACUCCGGAGUCUCCAUCCGCCGCCACGUCAUCAAGCCACGUGGCCUCCUCCUCCCUCUCUACCACAAUGCCCCCGUCUUGGUCUACGCCGUCAAAGGUAAGGGCUUGUUUGGGGUGAUGAUUUCCGGGUGUCCGGAGACUUUUGAGUCUUCGUCGUCGUUCGAGAGGUCGGAGGAGGAGAGGAGCCGGAGCCGAAGGUUUAAGGACAGACAUCAGAAAAUCGAGGAAUUCCGGCAAGGGGAGAUUGCCGCCAUUCCAGCCGGAGCAGCCCAUUGGGCCUACAACGACGGCAAUGAAGAGCUCGUGCUCGUCGUCUUUCACGACAAUGGCAACAAUGCCAACCAGCUCGAUCAAAACCCGAGAUCGUUUUUCUUGGCCGGAAAUCUGGCAAGAGGACAACUGCAAGAGCAGUACAAGCAAAGGGGACAAGGCCGGCAGCAGCCACAUCAGCAGCUGGGGAAUGUUUUCAGGGGUUUUGACACAGAGACUCUGGCGGAGGUUUUCAAGGUGAUUAAGCCGCCGUCGGAGUACAGCCGCCGUGAAAGGGAGGAGGAGGAGAGGUACUAUGGUAGCAGGCCGGUCAACGGCCUGGAGGAGACUAUCUGCACGGCCAGGAUUAGGGAGGAUCUCGACGAGCCAUCAAAGGCUGACGUGUGCAACCCACGCGCCGGGCGGUUCACCACCGCUAACAGCCUGACGUUGCCUAUUCUCAGCUACCUCCGACUGAGCGUGGCCAGAGGCGUUCUCUAUAGGAACGGCAUAAUGGCGCCGCUGUGGUACACGAACGCGCACGCCGUGAUCUACGCGACCCGCGGGGAGUCGAACACUCAGAUCGUGGACCACACGGGACGGGCCGUGUUCAAUGGGCGGGUGAGAGAGGGGCAGGCGGUGGUGGUGCCGCAGAACUUCGCGGUGGUGAAGCGGGCGUCGGAAGAGCAAGGGUUCGAGUGGGUGGUGUUCUACACCAACGACCAGGCUAUGUAUAGCACGCUGAGCGGGCGGACGUCGGCCAUAAGGGGGCUGCCGGCGGACGUGUUGGCCAACUCGUACCAGAUCUCGAGGGAGGAGGCGCAGCGCCUCGAGCUCCAGGCAGGAGACGCUGAUCUUUAG